UUUCAGUUUAACUGCACCACUCAACUUUGACAGUAGUUUUUGUUUAUUGUGUAUAAUAAAGUGAUGGAUCCUAUUUUGAAGUAUAUUAUUUGUGAUCUGAUUGGCUGAGAUAUAAUCACACGAUAUACUAGUAUGACGGCAAACAAGCGUAUCGAUGUGGUUUCGAGUUGAGAUUUUAGUAAUAAAAAUUCAUUUGAUCCUAAUUGAUAUGGAUAAUUUUCCAGAUAAUAUAAAUAAUGAAGAUAAUAAAAAAAUUUAGGCUGCAAUGUUAUUGCUUUUACACUCAUUUUAUGAAACUAACAACGAGUAAAUUGUUUGAUAAAAGCAAGAGUUCGCGCCAAUCAGUGACAUGGAAAAUUCAAAAUGUGAAAGUCCCUAUAGCACCAAACUAGCUUUCUAGGCAACGCUGCCGGCUGCUCAUACACGUGAAAGUUAAGAGUUCGCGCCUAUAAUAGUGCCUGACGUAUUUCAAGGAAUUGAGUGCAUUACAUUCAAUGUGGAAAGAUAUGAAACAUUCGACUUUGAGGUUGUAAGCUGGUACUUGGCGGAACUGAAUAUAGUUUAGCACCAGCACUUAUUAUUUUAACGAAAAUGGAUUUCGAUAUAAAUCUGUUUUUCAAUUUUAUACCAUUCAUUUCUAUUACAACCAUUACGUUAAUCACCUGUACGACUGCAUUUUAUAAAAUAAGAAAUCGUUUGCCAGUGAAAGUGAAUUGUUGGUUUUGCAAUUGCAAUGUAAAAGUUCAAAGGCAGUCCCUUGAUUGGUGGUUUUGUCCACAUUGUGAACAAUACAACGGCUUUCGUAAGGAUGGAGAUUAUAAAUAUGAAAUACCUGAACAACAUAGAAUAAAACAUAGAAGUAGCAUUACAGAUAAGUCAUAUUGUCAAAGGAAAACUUUUCAACCAAGUCAAAACAGUCUUUGUGAAAAAUGCAAUACGAAAGAAGAAAUCAAAUUGAACAAAUUACGAGAACUUGAAGACUCAGUAGAUGAAUUUGAUGAUAAGAAACUGUUACGAUUUGAAUCAAAAUUUGAAAAGAAAUUUCCAUUAUGUUCAAAAUGUCAAUCAAUAGUAAAAAAUGUAUUGCAUCAACAAAGGGUAUGGAUAACUCAAUAUAAGAUGCUCCUAUUCAAACAAAAGCCAAUCAAAAGAUUGAUUAUGAAUCGAGAAUGGAUUGAAAGAGUUGUACGAGUACUUUUAUCAAUUCUAGCUUCAGUAGCUAUUUACUUUACUGAAGCUUGGUAUCUUCCACUGAGUGGAAUAUUAUUUCAAUUAGUUGCUUGCAUUGCAAGUCCAGCUGGAAAUCGAAAAUUUGAUAUUUUUCCAAUAAUUGGAUGGACUUGUCUCGUUUUGAUCAGAGCUUUCUCAACCACUGCCAUUUUGAAAGUGUUCAAGAUAUAUUUUAAUAAUGAUUGGGUAUCUGAUCAUGAUAAUACAUAUAAUUACUUUAUUAUUACUCUUAGUACAGCAGUAGGAUUAUCCAACUUGAAAUUUAAGUCAUCAAAAUCAAUCACAAAUGGAUCUCUAGCUUUUAAAAAAUUAGAAUCUUCAUCUUUAAAAAAUACUUUAUCACGAUCACCGUCAUCAAAGAUUUUGUCUGAAACUGAUGAAGAACCAAACAAUGACCAAGAUACACCUAGAAAUUUCCAUUCACCUGUAAAUAUAACUGAUUCUUUAAUGGCUCUUGCAGCUGUGGAAACUCCUAUUCCACUGAGACCUGCAAGUUUUGCUCACUGGGUAAAUAUGGACAAGAAAAUGACCUCAUCAAGUUUAUCAACGACGAAACCAUCGAUUGUCAUACCGGAAACAGACAGUCAAUUAUCUAGAACGUCGAAAAUUUCAAACUAUUAUUUGAACGAAAGUCUUAAUAGUCUAAAUUCUCUUUCUCUCGGAAGCCAAUCGAAGACUUUAUCAAAUCCAUCAAAAGUUUUCGAGACAAGAGUAUACAGUACCGCUAGUCCUGAUAUCUUCAACAAGCAACAUCGUUAUUAUCCGAAACGUUCCAUUCUAGCACCUCCAAAGCUACAUUCGUUAAUGCAAAGUUCAUGGGUCGAAGAUGGCUAUUGGCACUCAAGUAUCGAUAUGCCAACUCUUUCUCGAUCGUCAAGUCAGAGCUCGGGUUUCGGUUCUUCAGGUUCUAAUUAUGGACAUUCACGCGAACCUUCGAUUCAUGAAUUCGAUCAGUGUUCUGUCGCAUCAGAGCGAUGUUAUUUUACGCGACCUGAAAGUCCAUUGCCAACACAUAACUCGGCUGCCGCGAGACUUAGAAGUAAUACUUGUUCGGCAAAUUGCUCGCAGAUAAGUGACAUUGAUUCCACUACCAGAUCUUGCAAUGGUACGAAUAACUCGAAAUGCAGUGCCCAUACUGCUGUCGUUACCAGUCCUAUGUUUUCAAUUUUGCUGUGCGGAUCACUCGUUUUGAAUAUUGUGGUAUUAUGUACCAUCUUAUUGCGAUGAUUAUUUCACAUCUUUGUUUUUAAAUAUCAGUACUUAAUAAUCAGUUUACUAUUUAAAAUAUUUAAUGUUGUUUUCAUAAAAUAAUAAGAUUCAAUUUUCUCAUCAACACAGAGCUAUUUGUUCAAGUGUGCAUUUUUGUAUGUAAUCCAUUUUAAAAAUAAUUAUUUUGCUAUUUUAAUUUAAUUCUAAGUCUACUAUCAUAAAAUAUUUGUGAUUUAUUAAAAUAUUACAUGCCUGUGAUAUAUUUCAAAAAAACUAGUAUGAUACGUAUCACUGUCAAUAUACAUCAUAAAACUUUCUAUUUUUAUUUUAUUUGGUUUAAGGUAACGUGAAUUUAUUAAUAGAUAUUAAUAUAUAAUAAAUUAAAGUGGUAAUUUUGUAUGAUUGCUUUGCAAUGCAGAGAAUUCCUUUACUUUGUGAUAUCGAAAAAAGCUUUUGCUUAUUAUAACAAUUUCAUAGUUGAUAUAUGAAAACAACAUAAAAUAUUUUCACCUAUUAAUAAACUUAAUUAUACAUGAAAAUGUUAUUUUACUUGGUUUGAGAUAUUUUCUAUGCAAAUGGAUUUUGUGUAAUGCUACAAUUGUAAUAGAUAAGAAAGGUAAUUGAAUUAAUUAAUUAAAUAUUUACGGACGUAAAGUUGCAGUCUUUCUACGAAAUUGUAUUUUUUAUUAUAAUACUGGUAUUGUUAAAUAAUAAAAAUAAGUUUUUUUAAGUUCCGAAUCCAUACAAUAAUGAUGCUAAAAUAUUUUCUGCAUCUUUCUAAUUGAAAAAAAAUGAUCUACCUAGAAAAGACGCGUAAUUUUGUUGACUAAUUAUUAAAAAAACUAGCUAAACACUCAUUAUACGAGCUUCUUCGCUUUAAUUACUUUUUGAUAAAUACUUGUGACAGUUUGCACAUAAAAUGGAAAGUAGAAAAUAUUCAAAGCAUGAAAAUGACAUUUCAAUAGACUGCUAUAACGAAAUAAAUUUGACUGCAAAAUAUUUCAAUAGUUGCAUUGAACUACAUAUAUUGUUAUGUAUAUGAGAUUAAAUAGAACGAAUGCUUUGUGUAUAAAUUUACAAAACUACCUAUAUAAGCGACGACUGUUAAAUAAUGCACCAUUGCGGAAACAUAAUUUCAAUUUAGGAUGUUUUCGUCUACGAUCAAUUUAAAUUAUUUUGUUUUGUGGCUUAAUUUAGUUAUUUUCAAGGUAAAUGAUUGUUUUGUUUGAAUAAAAGCUAUUUAUUAACGACUGAAAAAGACUGGCUGAACGACAAAAUACAUGUACGUAACUGCCAAUAUGUUCUGAUGACUAAUUAUGAUUGAAACUGCUAUCACGUGUACUACAAUAUCUGUAACGACAGUUUAUGUACAUGUAAAUGUAAAAUAAUUACUUUACUCCGAAAGCCAUACAUAAUAACGUAAAUUAGACUUACAGCCUCGAGAACUAUUGAUCUUUUCAAAGAACUGUAAAAAUAAAUCGGUUGA